AAUAUUUAAUUGCAUCAAAACAAGAUUGGGCUGCUUUUAAAAUUGUACAAAACCCGGGUACAAAUCUUUGUAAUCAUUUUGUAGUGCUGGCAAACGCAAUAAAUACUUUCUAGUACAAAAUAAUUUUUAAUAUAGAAAUGGCUUUAAAACUCUACUCUACACUGGGAAGUCCCGCAGCUAGAGCUUCAAUCCUCACUCUACGAGCUCUAGGAUUGAAAGACAAAAUUCAAAUAAUCAACGUAAAUCUGGUAGCCUUGGACCAUUUGAAACCCGAAUAUGUCGAGAAAAAUCCUCUGCACACAGUUCCAAUGCUGGAAGACGGGAAUUUUAUCUUGUACGACAGCCACGCUAUCAAUGCUUAUUUGGUAAACAAAUAUGCCGAUAACGAUGCUUUGUAUCCGAAAGAUCCGCAAAAAAGGGCCCUUGUCGAUUCCAUGGCACACUUUGAUACUGGAUAUUUAUUUGCAAGAGUAGGAAGAAUUAAUAAUGCUAUUUUCAUGCAAGACAAAUCAGCCGACUUUAACCAAAUGAAAAUAGAACUGGCUGAGGUUUACGACUUGUUGGAGUUGAUUUUGCAAAAACGGAUUUUUGUAGCUGGAGAGCAACUGACUAUAGCUGACUUUAGUAUUGUUGCUACCUUAAGCAAUGCUGAAGUUUUUUGUCCGGUGGACGCGAAAAAACAUCCCAAAAUAACAGCUUGGAAUGAGAAAAUGAAGCAAUUGCCUUAUUACAGUAUCAACGAGAAGGGCAGUCAGUUGUUUAGGGAACUUAUGACAAAUUUAUCUUCUAAAUUAUAAUAAAGUUGUUUUUUUAUUUUGUACCUGCAUUUAAGUUGAAUUUUACCUUAUUCUAACUAAAGUAG